ACAUUCCACGCUGCACUUCUCAUCAUGAACACUUUGACUCAUGCGCAAGAAGCGCUGAGUCCAUAGUGUUGAAGAUGAGGCAGAUGCCUCUCUCCAAUUGUAGUUCUGUCCCCGUUUCGAAACCUCCAUCGAGUAUAUGAGGGCCAUGGAACCACCCGUGCGGCGAGCCUUGAAACAAGCUAUCCUAGCUGGACCAGCUGUGAGCCGCGUUCUCCCCUUCAACAGACAGCCAUGCCUUCGCCUACAUGUGCCUACAAUGCGAUGGGCCUCCACAAAGGCCGAAGUUCCAACCCCUUUCCCAGUCUUUCGAGAUGUACCACCCCUACGAGAAGUGCGCAAGAAAAUGUUUCGCGAGGGCAAGGAGGUGGGCUUUGUCGCUACAAUGGGGGCACUACAUGAGGGUCACCUUUCCCUGGUGAAGCAUGCCCUGCAAGAAAACACAGAUGUCUUUGUGUCUAUCUUCGUCAACCCAACACAGUUCGCAGCGCACGAAGACCUGGACUCGUAUCCGAAGACAUGGGAGGAGGAUCUGAAGAAACUCAAACAGGUUCAAGAUGAGCAUGCAGCCUCAGCAGGGCCAAAUGCAAAAUCUAAAAUAAAAGGCAUCUUCGCGCCCACCGUGAAGGUCAUGUACCCAACUCUCCCACCAUCGUCAGACAUCGCAGGCAAUGGAUCCUUCGUGACCAUCACACCAUUGGGCAACCAACUUGAAGGCUCUUCUCGGCCCAUCUUUUUCCGCGGCGUGGCAACUGUCUGUACCAAGUUGUUCAAUAUCAUCCAAGCCGAUCGUGUGUACUUUGGACAAAAGGAUAUUCAGCAAUCAGUCGUGAUCAAACGGAUGGUAAAGGACUUUCACAUUCCCACAGAAGUACGCGUCAUACCGACCAGCCGGGAAUCAGAUGGUCUGGCAAUGAGCAGCCGGAAUGUAUAUCUUGGAGAACGAAGAAGAGAAGACGCCGUCGUACUUUCCAAAGCCCUCUUCGCCGCAAGAGAUUUAUACAAUUCUGGCGAAGUCAGCGGCAAGAAGAUCAGAGAUGCUGCGUAUAAUGUCUUCGGCCAGGAGUCGCAGCUGAGAAGAAAAGACGGUAAAUUAGGUGGAAGUUGUCAGAUUGAGAUCGACUAUAUCGCGUUGAGCGAACCGCAGAAUAUGGCCAUGAUCCCAGACUUUGCCAAAGUCGAUCCCAGCCAAGGGGCCAUUCUCAGUGCUGCAGUAUAUGUGCAGCCUGUUGACGAGCCCAGGACUGAGAAGGAAGUAGGCCAGAGGGUGGUGAGGUUGAUCGAUAAUGUCAUCCUUGAGCCACGAGAGAAGGCACUAUGAAGUAUGCAGGAGUCCUUGUUAUCCUGAUAUUUUGAGCUUGAUUUGUGCAUUGCUGGAAUUUUGACUUCAGAUUUAGGCAAGAACUCGAAAAUGUUCACGGACGCAUGUUCAGUAGAUGUUCCAAAGAGAUAUUUUGCCAUCUUUGCCACCAGCAG